AUGGAACCAUCUCUUCAUGCUCAUGUGAUGCUCGUGUCUUUCCCAGGCCAAGGUCACAUAAACCCUCUACUUCGUCUCGGAAAGCUCAUAGCUUCUAAAGGCCUACUGGUCACCUUUGUCACCACAGAGCAGCCAUGGGGAGAGAAGAUGCGUCAAGCCAACAAGAUUCAAGACGGCGUGCUCAAACCGGUCGGUUUAGGUUUCCUCCGGUUCGAGUUCUUCAACGAUGGGCUAACAGAAGACGACGAGAAAAGAACCAACUUCCAAGCCUUCCGACCACACCUCGAACUUGUCGGAAAACAAGAAAUCAAGAAUCUCAUCAAGAGAUACGAGCAAGAGGGAAAGCAACCUGUGAGGUGUCUUAUAAACAACGCCUUUGUGCCGUGGGUGUGUGACGUGGCUGAUGAGCUUCAGAUCCCUUCAGCUGUUCUAUGGGUCCAGUCUUGCGCUUGUCUCACCGCCUAUUACUAUUACCACCACCGGUUAGUUGAGUUUCCGACAGAAACUGAGCCGGAGAUUAACGUAGGGCCACUAUAG